CCUGAGCCAGUAGUUCAUUUUUCACUGGCAGCAGAGCGGCCAUUUUGGAGAUUGUUUCAUCCACAAAAAAGUUAUGCACCGUAUCUAAAAAAAAACGUUGCGCCCGAAAUUAAACAUAAAAUCCGCUCGUGCAUAUUUGGAGCGUUGUGUGCAGUUCGAUCCGAUGUGAAGAUAAUGCUGGACCCGAGCAGACCUACAGUCCCGAUUCUAUAACGACUAAAAGUUAGUGACUAUCUUCCAACACGCACGCAUGUACGCCCGUGUGUGUGAGUAUGUGUUUGUGUGUGCAUGGAUACAUAUAUGUACAAGCGGAAAAUACGGGCAGAAAAUCCUAUUCCUAGCCCAGAAAAACAUUACCAAAAACAUAAAAAACCCUGCAAAUGUGAUUGACACGAAAUUGAUAAGUUAAAAUUACCAGCCAGCAGCAGUAGAAGUGUCCAAGCCAACCAUGGAUCCCAACUCCAGUCCCUGGUCGUACGCCUACAACCGCAUCGUGCCAGCCAGCGCCGGCAGCUCCGGCGGAACUGCGGAGGACUUCCAGCAUCCGCAUCUGGCCACCAUUACGGCAGCUAGCAUCGCCAGCUUCAAUGCGGCGGCCGCCAGUGGUGGCAGCUUUGUGCCUCCGUCGCCAAUUGGCAGCUACAACCCAGUAUUCCAGCAGAUAUACCACCAUGCGGCGGCGGCCAGUGUCCAGCCAAAACCCGCCCACUAUGCCUCCUCGGCGGUAAGCACGCCGCACCGCCAACUGCAGCUGCCCAGCUCGCUGGACAAACAACUCAGCUCGUUCCAGAAUCAGGCUGCCGUAUCGGCAGCUGCGGCUGCUGUGGUGAACAAUGUGGCCUCUAAUUAUUAUGGGGAGAACUCCUCGUCGAGUGGUGCCUCACCAUCGCCCACAACGGUGGCGCUGACGUCGACGUCGCUGAGCUGGAAUACGCCGAACAUGAUAUCGAACACCUUCCUCGCCAUGCAACAGCAGCAGGCGCAGCAGCAACAGCAACAGGCGCAGCAGCAACAGCAACAAGCCCAACAGCAACAGCAACAGGCGCAGCAGCAACAACUCAACUUGGUGGCCGACAAAGUGCAGAUUAAGCAGGAAAAGCAAUUAAAAGCCUACAACGACUCGAUUUACCUGAUCCAACUGCAACAACAGCAGCAGCAGCAACAGCAGGCGGCGGCGCAGCAGCACCAGCAACAGCUCCAGCAGCAACUGCAGCAGGAAAUCGUCGAAGCGGAGACGGAACCAGAAACUUACUAUACCAUCGAUGGCCGGAAGGUCAAGCUGUCGCGGAAGGAUGGCCAACAGUUUCGGGCAACAAUAGUCGAGCAGCAGGAUGGUAGUCCGGUGCCGCUGGCAGUGCCAGUUCCGGCUGGUUCCUAUCCGGCGCAAUAUGCCAGUCCAGCGCUAAGCUCCGCAGAUGGAUCGCCCAUCACGAAUUUACAUGCGGUUGACGUGGUUGGCACACCGCAGGCCCAGGUGAUCGUCUAUAAGACGGCGUCCCCGGUUCAAAGGCGGUCAGAAGCAGGCGCUGGAUCGUCUGCAACAUCCACGCCCACCACGGUGGCAUACUCAUCUGUGAUACAAAGCACCCUGCAGCAGCAACAACAGUCGAAUCUCUGUUGGACAAAGCUGGAGGAUGAUAGUGCGGGGCAAGAGGACAUCAAGAACGUAUUGCACCUGCAGGUGAAACAGGAGCAGCGCCAGCUGGACUUUGCCAAUGAGGCAUCCACAGUGGACGCUGGCGGUGGUGGCGAGAAUCUAGUUUUCAAUCUCCCGCCCGGUCUGGAAAUCAAGCAAACCUUCUAUCCCGCGGGCGUAGUCGAUGGGGAGCAACUGCAGCUGCAGGAGCAAUCCCAGUCCGCUGGGCGGCGCCAGCACGUGGUGGCCAACAUGAUCAUGUCGCCGGCAGCGGGCAACUUAGCGUCACAGAUUCAAGUAGUGCCAAAGGAGGAGGUAAAGCCGCCGCCUAAACCAGCGAAGACUCCGCGCAAGCGCCAACCGAAGAAAACGCUCAUCCCCAGCAGCAGCGACUAUGGCAAUGUGCGCAGUCCACAGGAGCCGCAGCAUCACCAGUUGCAGCAGCAACAGCAACAACAGCAGCAGCACAAUCAGCAACAACAGCAACAGAAUACGUACUACGACUUUAACAGCAAGUGGAAUACACCGCUCAAAACGGAAAAUAAUGCGGCAUCCGUAUCACCGGCGGCCACCAUCAACAUACCUACAUAUCCGCAACAGAGUCAACAGCAGCAACACCAGCAGCAGCAAGCGCAGCAACAACAGCAGCAACACUUGCCGCAGCCGGCCCACCUGCAGUCCUCGCAGGCCCAGUCGCACUUAACCCAGUUGGCGCAAUACUAUCCAGCCUUCCCCCAGCCCAUUGCCUCCCAGUACACGGCGUGCAUGCAGCAGCAGCAACAGCAGCAGCAACAACAACAGCAGCAGCAACAGCAGGCGGCCUACACGCAGCAACAACAUCAGCAGGCAUACACGCAGCAGCAGCAACAACAGGCGCAACAGCAGCGCCAGGAGAAGAACGAAGCCACCCAGCAGCAAGAGGAUGAGGCGAACGCCGCUGCAGCGGCGGCGGCAGCAGCAGCGGCAAGCAAUAAGGUUAUUGUGCCGAAUAUCGAGGAGGAACUGGACUUUUUGGCCGAUGCCACAAGUGCACCGAAGCAGGGCUACGCCAAUUCGUUGUCGAGCAAUGGACGCGGCACCAAUUCCUCCACGAAUAACACCAACUUUGGCAUACGUAAUCCAAACAAGACCCCGUCUCCGGAGCCAUCUAACUGCCAGCCCAAUACGCAUGCCGCUAACAACGGACAUGGUCAUUCAGCAGCCACGCCCGCGACGCCUUCAACCAGUGGAGCCAGUGCACCCACGGCGUACAGUCCUGCUGCUCCUAAGCCUGUGAGCGUGGGAACGCUGAUUGGGGAGAAGAAGACUCAAUUCAUGGAUAGUUAUUUGAAGUUUCUGCAGGGCGAACGAGACGACGAUCCGCCGCCAGUAGUGAAGCCAUCGCGGAAAUUAAACUACCCACGAGCUCCGUACAAGCGAAAAGGAAAAGGAUCUGGUAGUGGGGGCGACGAACCCACUACAUCGCAGGCCACCCAAUCGGCGGGGGAUGCCGGCCAGGCGGUCGAUGGACUCGCAGGACUUGUGGGUGAUGAUGGGCAUCGCAUCAAAAUACUCUCGCAGACGCAAAUACUUCCCAAAAAGCGUCCGCACGCCCAAAUGGUGGCUGCUGCAGCCGCGGCGGAAUCAGCACCUUCGUCGUCGGUGAUCCAGCAGCCAGGGGAUCAGACCUCCUUCCGGCCAUACGCCCAGCAGCAACAGCAGGCGCAACAGCAACAGCAGCAGCAAUCAAUGAGCGGACAACAUUUUGUGCAGCAGCAUUGUGCCCAACUGACAGCUGGAGCGGGUCAAGACCCCUUGAGUGUGCCGCCGCGACGGGAGCAAUGCUCCCGCAAGGCCAAGCAGAGCAGCAUGCACGCCAUGCUCAUGAAUUCCAGUGCUGUGGCCGGCGAUGGUGGAGUCGUUGGCGAACCGGAGGAGUUCACAGACUCGGACACGGAUCCCGUGUGGACUCCGCAGGAGGAAGACAGCGAUGAUGCUGGCAAGGGCUAUGGGAAGCGCAAGUUGGCACGCCGGUCGAAGGGCACUCCACGCAAGAACACCUACGACCAUAACUCAGAUCUGCAACAGCAACAACAGCAGCAGCAACAACAACACCACCAGCAACUGCAGCAAAUGCAGGUCAACCAGCAACACCAUCAGCAGCAACAGGUGCAACAACUUGCCGGUGGCGGCGAAUCUGGCUACAAUUCGCAACAGAAUAUGUCGGGAGUUGCCGAUGUGGGAUAUGCUAGUUCAUCAUCGGGCACAGCUGUUAACUCGGAGAACUUUAAAACGGGUGACUUUAUAGUUUUACGAUCGGAUCUUGUAAACGACUGGCCCACCAUUUGGCAGGUGGACUCUAAGUGCAUUUUGCAGAAGUACGAGCCCUUCCGCCAGAACGGAAAAACCUUCUAUCGUAAUAUGUCAAAGUACGCCUCUUGGAAUCUCGAAACGAAGAAACUCUACCUCAAAGCACCGGUGCGCAUUCAGCUCCAUUCCCACACCGAAACGAUUGUCGAGUUCAUGCGAUCUGAGUUGCUGGCCGACGACACCGAGCAGUUUAUUGAGAAGAUCAUGGAGGACUAUCUGUCCUAUAGGGACAACUUUGAGAUCUACAUUCAGACCAUGAUCUCGCAAGCCCUUGAUCCCAGCUUCUUCUCGGAAAUAACACGGGAAAAGGACGACUACUUCUUGGGCAGCGUUCGCGUGGUGGACAACAUCAUGGAAAACUGCAAGCGCAAGCUGCUGGCCAUAACUCCAUGGACUCGGAGUACAAUCUCCUCCAUUGAGACCUGGCCCAAGUGCCAUGUGUUCUCCGAAUGGGAACAAAACAAUCUUACCCAGAAGAAUUGCGCCGGUUGCCAUCAGCCAGGCAUCGCUGUGCGUUUCCUACUCUUCGGGGAACCCUAUAAUCCAAACACCAUGCAAACUAUGCCUGUGGAUCCUCGUAUAGCAUAUGAAAAGGACAUUGUCUUAUGUCGCAUCUGUGCCGCUCGUGCAGAUCUCUUCCACAAGAUUGCACAUGAAAAGUUUAAUCUGUUCAUUAACUGCUCCCAACGGGUGACGGAGCAGCAGCAACAGUUCCCAGGGAAGACAUCAACGGAGAUACUGAACGAUCUGCUGGCCGAGCACAAUUGGAUCGAUGAGCUCUUCCGUAACAUGCGCAACUGUUGGGCUGAGGUGGAGAGUCUAGAGCGGCAGAAGCGUUUCCGGGAGGUGAUGCAGUAAAAGCCAUUAUCAUCGGGAGCCAUUAUCAAGGAAGACUCCUGAUUGCGUAUCCAAGUGCUGGACAUUAGGACAUUAAACGCCAAGCCCACGUAUUGCUGCAAUAAACUCAAUGAGUUGUUAUUUUAUAAUAUACCAGAUGACACGCAAAAAUGCUUAGUUUUAGUGCAAGACACAUAUUGUACUAUGUAGGCCUUAAGAUUAAGAUAAAGUCUAUUCUUGGACUAUGCAUAGUGCAUGCCAUGUAAAUAGCUAUACAAAUAGCUAUAGCCGCGCAUUAUAUUAUAUAUAUAUAUAUAUAUAUGGAAUUUAAAGUACUAAAUAACAGAGUAGUACCACACUCAUUAGUUUGGAGAAAAAAUAAUAUUUCUAUUGCGUUGAAAUCGCUUAAAACAUUCUUUUUUCAAGAGUUCAAAUUUAGUUUUAUUUUAUAGGAUUUUUUAAGACGAUCAUGAUCCUUAGAAUCCCGCAAACAAUCAAAUUGUGUUUCGCUACCGCAUGUGGUCAGGGAACCGUAAUCAUCACUAAUCUUAAGGACUGUACAUAUUUAGUUUUAGCUUUAGUUACACAAAUCCAAUUGCAGACACUUUAGUUACCAUCCUUUGUUAUGCAGAUUUUAUUUUAAGUUACCAAUUUUUAGAAUCUUAGAGGUCCCUGAAUAAAUAUAAAAAAAAUCACA